ACCCGGAAGGGCUGGCCGUCGGUUUCCACGCGAUUGCUAAGGGCCUGCCCUCGGUCCCAGCCCGCGGUGUUUCCUCACGCUCCUGCUCCGGUAACAGGCAGAGAGUGUAACCGGCGGCUGGUGCGGGAUGGAGGCCCGGAUCAAGAAGCGCAGAGCGGCGGCGGCGGCUCUCGACGAGGAGGCGGCGGCAGCGGCGGCGGCUAGCGAGAAGGAGGAGGAGGCGGUGGAGCGGCGGCUGGAGGAGCUGCUGUUCGGGGGCGAGGAGGCGCUGGUGGAGCGGCUGCAGCUUGGACAGCAAACAAAUUUAGGUAAAUCCUUGCUGGACGAUGAUUCCAGUGACUCUGAGGUGGAAAAUGAAGCCAAAUCCAAUCUUCCUGUAUCCAAGAAAGCUGCGUGGGUGGAUGAAGAGGAUGAAGCAGAAGAACUUGUGGAUAUGACUCAUCGAUUCCGGAAAGACUUAGUGAAAAGCACCGCGGAGAGGACUCUUAGAAUGGGGCAGCUGCAGCAGAGACUAAGGGAACAGUUUCAGGCUGCAAUGGGUGGAACACCAUCCUGGGCAGAGAACAAGGUGAAAAAGAGAAAAAAGGACAAGAAAGAUUUGGAGGAUGAAAGCGAUGAAGAUGAAGAUUUAAUGCAGAAAACUGGCAAUUUUGUGACACACUCUGAGUCCCUUCCCAAAGGCUUGUUACAGAUAAAGAAUUGUAAAGAUGCCAACUACAGCAGACGAUCAAGUGCAAAGUUAACAACUACGCAGUUCCAUCCAGCUGCUCAAGUAAUACUGACUGCUGGGCUUGAUCAGUCCAUCUCACUCUUUCAGGUCGAUGAAAAGACAAACCCCAAGAUUCAGAGUAUUCACCUGGAGCACUUUCCUGUGUUCAGAGCUCGCUUCAGUGCAGAUGGAGAGCAGGUUAUUGCUACAGGCAUCCAAAACAAGAUGUUCUACAUGUACAAUAUGAUGGCUGGGAAAAUCAUUCCUGUCUACAAUGUCCCAGGGUUGGAGGAAAGGAAAGUUAAAGUGUUUGAAGUUUCACCAGAUGGCUUAUUUCUGCUGCUUCUUGGGACCUCUGGGUAUCUGCACCUUCUCUCCAUGAAGACUAAGGAAUUGGUGGGUAGUAUGAAAAUUAAUGGAAAGGCAGUCGCAGCCACUUUCUCUCCCGAUGGGAGCACAAUCUACACACACUCUGAUGAAGGGGAGGUUUAUGUUUGGGAUGUGAAGAGUAGGAAGUGUCUGACCAGAUUCAUCGAUGAAGGCUGCCUGAGAGGAAUGCGUAUUGCUGUCUCCCGGAAUGGGCAGUACGUGGCUUGUGGGUCCAGUUCUGGAAUUGUGAAUGUUUAUUCCCAAGAUACCUGUCUACACCAAACUAACCCUAAACCUGUGAAAGUUAUCAGGAACCUGGUUACCGCAGUGACAUCAUUGGCCUUUAAUCCAACAACAGAAAUCUUAGCUAUUGCCUCUAAAUCCACAGACAAUGCAGUCAAGCUGGUCCACAUCCCAUCCUUCACGGCAUUUUCCAAUUUCCCACUGGUUGGUAAGAAGACGAUUUCUUUGGUGCAGGAAAUGGAUUUCUCUCCCAGGAGUGGAUUCUUUUCCAUAGCCACGAACCAAGGCAAAGCUUUGUUGUACAGGUUGAAGCACUAUGCUGACUUCUAACCUGAGACUUUGGUGAGAACCUGCGUCCAUCUUUCCUGCCGUUGCUUGCAUAUACAGUUGAGUGUGUGAAAAGUGCAGUGUAUGUAAUUGGCUGGCAGCUUACAGGAAGUUCGGCUCAGGGAGGCACGAAUUCCCCAGCUCGCAUGCCAUCUGAGGGCAGCUGCUCAGUGCUGGGUGGAGAAUUUUCAGAGGGCAGUAAAUUGUGUCAUUCAGGAACUCCACUUGACCGUGGUCACCAGCAACAGGCCAAAACUAAACUUGGAAACUUGCAAAUCUCUCAUUGUAUUGAUGCCAUCUGCACCAAUUUAAAAGAAUUGUACAGCACAGAAGGUGGCCAGUUAGCCCAUUGUGACUGUGUAUCAGCUCUUACAAAUAAGGAGGCAAUUAGACCCAUUUCUUUUACUCAUAAUUUGUAAAUGUUGCCUUGGCUCAUAUUUAUCUAAUUCUCUUCUGAAAGAUACGAUUGAAUCUGCUUCCAUUGCCCUUCAUGCAAUGUGUUCCAGAGCUCGAUGCACUCAUUAAAAUGUCACUCUGCACCUUCUGUCAGGCAUGAACAUGUUCUCUAUAUGUGUUGAAAACAGUCAUGAGGUGUCUCCUGAAAUUGUGUUUUGUCUUUUAGAAUAAGAAAAGAUUGUGUUUUGGACAUUUAGAACUGCAGAUACAGCCAUCGCUUUUAAUGUGGCAUUGCAAGUUGGCGAACAGUCUCAUCAGUCACAUUCCACUGUACAGAGACAGCGCAUUGUUUGCUCUGAGAGGAACUCUGAACACUUCCUAAAGAAAUGGAACCCUUUGUUUCUAUGAAAUAAAUUGACAGUGAGACGUGUUUUCAGAUUUACUCCUGUACAAAUCCUUUUGAGAUAAUAAAUGGAAUGUGUUCACCCAACUGUGCUGUCUGUGGAGGCAUAUAGUGUCCUGUAACAGACUAUCACUGGGAGAGAUGGACAUGGUGCUGUACUUGUGUUUCAAACUCCAUAUACUUGCGAUGUUAAUGGCCCUAUCACAUGAUCCAGAAUGAACUGGACCAGCGAUCUCACUGCAUAGCAGUGUGGAUCUGAUCGUUAGGAGCUCUCUGCGUUUUCCAUAAGGAAGCAUCCUGUAGAUUAUACAGAGUGGAGCCUGUUCUUAGCCUGUUAUUAAAUGAAGAUUGGGUGGAGCCUUACAUGACUGAAUUUAACCUGAUGGCAGACUAGUCUUGCUUUCAUUGAAUUUGUAAUGAGAGACCAUUUGCACUACAGUCCUGGUGGCAGAAUUGUUCUGCUCCCAUUGAGUGGUCAGUAGCCCAGUGUAUACGCACUUACACAGUGCACUCUAUCUGAUUGUAGAGGCCUGCUUGAAACUACUCUGCGCUAAACACAGCUCAAAAUGUCAGCAAGCACACGCUUUCAAACAGUAUUUUUCUGGAUUUAUUAAUGGUAGCCAUUUAGAAACUGUCACUAUUUAAUUAAAACUGAUAUUAACAUAAUUAUAAUUCACUCCAAAGAAUGUUCAGAUGUAAUUAAUUAAUGCCUCAUCACAUUUAAUUUCACUGCUUGGCAAUUUAAUCAGUUGCAAUUAAAAAGACAACACAUCAUUUAAAAGAUAAAUUAAACGCUGAGAAAGAUGUUUGCGCUCUUCUAAUCAGAUAAGUGCCAACAGUGUAAAAUCUAGGAAGUCUGAUCUAAUUGCAUGCAAAUCCUGUACGUAUAUGCAAUUAGGUGUGGUAUUAACCAACAUUGACAUCAUCAGAAUGCAAUAUACGCUUCAUAGAACCCCAAUCGCAUAAUUUGGAAGUCAUUUAAUUCCACUCGCAUUGUUAAAAAGGUGAUGUCUUUUGUUGUAGAGUAGCAUGAAAUGUCAGUGCUAUUUAUAUCUCAUGCUGCUAUUAUCUCAGGUGUUCCAGAUCUCCAUCCACAUUCUCUUGCAUAAUUAGAUGGGUAGGGGACAGAUGCACAGGCAUCUCAAUCUAAAUGCUCAGAUGAGCAAUGCCAGAGGGCAUCCUCCAGUAUUACAGCAGCCAUGAUUUAAUGGGUAGCUCUCUCUCCUCAGAGUCUGAAGAUGGUGAGAAAGUUCCUUACUCGAAACAUGAACUUAAAAGUCAAGGUUGAGACUCCCAGUGCAGUACUGAAGGAGUGGUGCUCUGUCCGAGAUAAGACCUUAAGCCAAGGCCCAAUCUUCUGCCUCCUGGUAAACAGACAAUUCCACCCUUUGCCAUAUGAAGAAGAGUAUGUGUGUUUGUUGGGGUGGCUGGUGGGAUCUUCUGCCUGGUGUGCUAGGCAAUAUUUAUCCAUGAACCAACAUCACUAAAGUACAUUAUUGGAUCAUUGUAACCUUACUGUUUGAAAGUUCUUGCUGUGUGUAAGUUGAGUACUGUACAUAUUAUGCAAAUUGUGCAAAUCUUCCUGUUUUUAUCUCUUUUUCCUAAGCUUACUUCUAUCUCACUAUAAUAAUCGCUUCAGUGUGAGCUGUAAAAGCAUUUGUAUUUAUAUAGCAACUUAAGUGUACAAAAUACAAAGUGCUGUUUCAGAAACAUUAGACAAAAUUUUAUAUGAAGCCAAGUUAUGAUCCCACUUGAUGGUAAUACUGGACAAGUCAGAUACAUGAAUAAAACCUGACUUGAUAGAUCCUGUUUGGUUACUGUGGUGGCUAGUCAUUGAAACAUAUUCACGUGAAGCUGCAGGUGUUCUUUUAUAUGCAUAAGGUUAUUACACGAAAGCAGCAAAGCUAUGUAUAAAAGCUCUCGACUUGGAAACUACAAAACAAUCAUGCAGAGCUGAUUUGAUUCCUCUGCUCCCAGCACUGUGAUCUAUUUACUGUGCCUGUCAUAAACUCAUCAGUUUAAACAUUUCAUUGAUUAACACCUAAGCAGCUUACUGAAAUUGCACACCUUAGAAGUUAUGUAUUUAGAUCACUAUUCAAAUGACUUUCUGACCUUGAAAAAUAAUCACCUUCACAAGACUAACCAAAAUGUAUUUACCUCUAUUUUUAGAAAAAUCCAAAUUCUAAUAAUGGUAAUGUACAUGAUAAUCACUGCCACAUAUGGGGUGAUAUUAGGUACAGCAGUUUGUUAGACUUUUAAGAACUGCCUUCAAGGAAAAGCAAGGGGAAUUCGAGAGCUUAGCUAAUGAUGAAGGAAUCCUAAAUGGGGAUUCUCAAGAGGCCAGGAUUGGAGGAGUGCAAAGACCUCUGAGGAUGUUAUAGAGACGGAAAGUCCAGAAAAGGAGAUUUGAAAAUAAAGGCAAGAAUUCUAAAUUUGAGGUGUUUCCAGAUCAGGAACCAUUAGAAUGAAUGCAAGUGAUGUAUGAAUGGGACUUAGUGAGGGUCUUGGAAGAGCUCGAGUUAAUGGAUGAUCAGAAGAACUGCAUCUAGAUGUAGCAGAAGCUCAGUUGAGGUAGUCUGCAGCUGGUGAGCUGUGGCAGUAAUGGUGAUAGAUUAUGUGGGAUCCAGUGAUGUACUUUUGAAGUGCAGUGUCUUCUCAAAAUCACAUGUUACAUACAUCAAUCUACCACACUAGUAUGGAAAUAACAAAAUAAUCUGGGAUAAUUAUGUGCCAAAAGUAGAUGGGAUGGGGUUGGGAUCCACCUGAUCUAUGUCAAAAUAGAGAGAUAGCCAAGACAUUGGAUUGAGGUUCUAAAAGAUGAUCCUCUUGACAGUGCAGCACCUGCUUAGUAAUGCAUUGGAGAAAAAGGCGAAAGAGAUAUUUCUGUAAAAAGCUGGAGGGCUGAGAGAUUGCAGAAUAAAGUGUUGCAAAAUGUAA